AUGCACCACCUCUCCGUGACUCUGUUGGCAUCCCUCGCUGGCUCUGCCUUGGCUCUCCCUGGCCGCCACAGUUCCGCUCCCAUUCCCAGUGGAAUCCCGAGCCCUUCUCUCUCCCACUCUGCCUCUACCCUGGUUCCGACCCCGAGCCAGAACGGCACCGUGACCACCCACUUGCCUUCCACCACUGGAAACCCUUAUAGCACGGGAUCCACGGUCACCGAGACCGGCUCCGUGUCCACCAUCACCUCCACCAUCACCCGGACCAGCUUCGAGCCCUGCUCGACCGCCGUCAGCACCGGAGAUGGCACCACCUACUACAGCACCUGGCUCAGCACCUCGGUGUAUGAGACCACCACCUGCUACACCACCACUUUCGACUCUACCCCUGUGACCACUAUCACCCAUCUCCCCGGUACGGCCGAGACGACCGUCCCCACGGCGCUCCCCGGUGGCCACGGCGGCCACGGCGGAUCGGGCGGAUCUGACUGCCCGGCACCCGUGACUGUGACGGUGACCGAGACGGUCAAGGAGGGAUCGGGAUCUGUGCCCACCGUCCACCCUGGCAAGCCCUGCGCCCGCUGCGAGACCAUCACCUACACAAACACCGAGGGACACACCAAGACCAUUGUCAUCCCCCCGUCGGGCGAGCCCACCGCGGAGCCUACCGGUGAGAAGCCCGGUCACUCCACCGCGACGGCGACGGCCACCCAGUCGGACUCGGAGUCCGCCACCACCACCGCUAAGCCCACCUUCACGCACACCCAGGCUGCUGGCAACGGCACCCAUCCCAUUCACACCAAGCCCGUCAGCAGCCCCGUGGGUAGCGGCAGUGCGCAGCCGUCGGCCACCCCCUCCAUCCUCCGCCGCGUUGCCUGGAAGCCCCUUUACUAG